GCGAGGCCUAGGUCGACAAGCAAACAUGGCGGCCCAAGUUAGAGUUUUACAGCUAAAGCCUGGCGAAAACCUGGAAAAUAAGCUGUUUAGACUGCAGAAAGGAUGGAUCCUUCACUUUACACUAGCUGCCAGUCUGCAGCCUUAUAGCAUCAAGCUUCUGUGUAACCACCCCAAGCCUGGGCAGGCAUUCAACAGAACGAAUUACCAGGAGUUGGUGUGGACAUGCUCCCAGAAAGGGAAAUGUGAUAAUGGGGAUCGGCAUGCAGAGAUUAAAGUUCACCAGGCAGGCUCAUUCCACUUCUAUAUAACAUUUGAAAACUGUGAGAAGGAAAAGGCAUCUUCAGAUCAGAAGUGCAGUGGAUAUUUCACUGUUGACCCCACCUUGCGCAUUAAUCCCAAGGAAAUCCUGCCACUGGACUCUGUGUGCCUUCAAACAGUCCUGUCCAAGUGCUUGGGUCCUCUAUCACAGUGGUCAGCCCGUCUUCAAAUCAGUAGAGACUCUGGCUACAAUGUCAUCCAUUUUACGCCAAUCUCAGAACUGGGAAGCUCUCAUUCCUCUUAUUCCAUUGUUGACCAGCUCAAGCUGAAUUGCAGAUUUGAUGAACCAGGGUCCAAGAAAGGAGCCACUUUUCCUGAAGUCAAGAAAAUUCUCAACAAAAUGAAAACAGAAUGGAAAAUGUUAUCAAUUGUGGACAUUGUCCUGAACCACACAGCAAAUGAAACUGAAUGGUUAUGGCAACACCCUGAGUGUUCAUAUAAUUUGUGUAACUCACCUCACUUGAGGCCAGCAUUUGUUCUUGACCGGCUUUUGUGGCACUUCACUUGUGAUAUAGAAGAUGGAAAAUACUCUGAUAGGGGAAUUCCCCCAGAAGUGAAUACAGAGCAUCAGAUUCAUUUAAUAGGAGAAAUAUUAAGGAAUGAGCUUAUUCCAAGCCUGAAGUUGUGGGAAUUCUUCUGUGUGGAUAUUGAGAAGACCAUACAAAAGUUCAAGACUACCGUCGUCAAGCCACACCAAAAGAUACCACCUCACCAACUGAUGCCGAAAGAACUGUGUGUCAGACCAAACCCUGCAUACAGACGUAACUCAGCUUUGGUUGAUCUUGACCUGGCAGUAAAGCUGUUCAAUGUCCACAGGUCUGGUGCUGCAAAUGAGAAGGAACACUUUCAGAAAUGCUGUGACGCCUUAAAGGAGCAUCUGAUCGCGUUGAAUAAAGAUAUCAGAUUCAAUGAGAUGCAAGGCCACAUUAAUGCUGCCAUUGGCAACAUCCAAGCAACAAUGAGAUAUGAACGCUUGGCAGGUCAUGGCCCCAAAUACCCUGUUGUCUCUAGACGAUACCCACUUGUCUGCAGGUAUUUUACCAUGCCUGGUCCAGACCUUACCUUGAAAGAAGAGGAGCAGCUGAUGGAUUCCCAAAAAGGGCGUCACUGUAUGGCGCAUCAAGGCUGGAUCAUGGGCGGAGAUCCCCUCAAGGACUUCGCCGCACCAGGGUCUGAUGUCUACCUCAGGCGUGAGGUGAUACCAUGGGGAGACAGUGUCAAGCUUCGAUAUGGCCGCAAGCCUGAGGAUGUCCCAUUCUUGUGGAAUCACAUGAAGGAAUAUGCAAAGAGCUGUGCAAGUAUGUUUGAUGGUCUGCGGCUAGACAAUUGCCAUAGCACACCCCUACAUGUUGCUGAGUACAUGCUAGAUGCUGCACGGGAAGAGAAUCCCGAGCUGUAUGUUGUCGCUGAGCUGUUCACGGGAUCUGAGGCUGUUGACAAUGUGUUUGUGAACAGACUGGGCAUCACGUCUCUCAUAAGAGAGGCCAUGUCAGCCCAUGAUGCUCAUGAGGAGGGCCGGCUCACCUAUCGAUAUGGUGGAGAACCUGUUGGCGCCUUUAUGGACCCCUUAGCUACCAAGCCAUUUGUGCCAGGCAUUGCGCACGCCUUGUACAUGGACGUCACCCACGACAAUGAGAACCCAUUCUUGGUUCGUUCAGUGUAUGAUGCUCUUGCAAGCUCUGCACUGGUUGCCAUGGCUUGCUGUGCCACUGGGAGCAGUCGAGGUUACGAUGAGCUGGUGCCGCAUCAGGUUCAUGUUGUGGAAGAAAAGAGACUAUACAUGUCUGCAGAAAGUAAAAAAAACAAAGCUCCCCAGAAGGGCAUGUUGUCUGCGGAUGCGGGCAUUAUGACGACAAAAAGGGCAAUCAAUGAGUUGCAUCGAAGAUUAGGGGAAGAGGGAUAUUCACAGGUAUACGUAGAUCAAAUCCAUCAAGAUGUGCAUGCUAUCACACGUCACUGCCCUGAUAAGCGCAAGACUGUGGUGAUGGUGGCCCACUCUGCCUUUUCCGACCCACCCGAUCACCUGAAGCCUACACAAACGAAUCUCCAGGUCAACAUGCAAGGCAUACCACCCCUCAAUAUUCCAGGAGAAUUUGAAGAAAUCCUCUUGGAGGCGAUGAUUGUAAAAACAGAUGAGUCAUCGGAAUUCCAGAAAGACAAUAAGUUUAUCAAUGGCUUACAGAGUCACAGAGUGUUGAUGCAAAAAGGAGUUACUGCAGCCAAGUCUAAGACUUGCCGAGUUGUGCCUUCAGGGAGCAAUAAUUUCGAAGUGUUUUUCGAUCACUUUGCUCCUGGGAGUGUUAUCGCCUUCCAGGUCAGCAUGGAACCCAAAGUGAAACAAGCUCUAGGAACGCUAAGAUCCCUCUCUUGUGCCAUGUACGAUGUCACAUCAACGGUUGAUUCAGAGACCACGAGCUUGGUGAAGGAACUUGACACCAUUGUCUCCAACCUGUCGUUGGCCGACCUAAACCGCGUGCUGUACCGUUGCCAGGAUGAGGAGGCAGAUGAUGGUAACGGCGGAGGGGUGUACGUGCUUGAGGAUGAAGGUGCUCUAACCUACUGUGGGCUGCAAGGUUUUUUGUCGGUGCUGACAAACGUCCGCCAGCAUAACGAUCUCGCGCACCCGAUCUGCAGGAAUCUCCGCGCUGGUUACUGGAUGAUGGGAUACGUGGUGGACCGCCUCAUGCCCUUUAUCGGAACUAGACAGCUCGGUGUGUGGCUUGACAAGGUGUUCACUCUGGUGAAGUCUUGCCCACGGUACUUGAUACCAUGUUACUUUGACGCAGUCAUCACACCCCUUUACUUGAUGCUACUCAACAGGGCGUGGUCGUGCAUGUCCAGCUUCGUCAAAGAUGGCUCCUCAUUCGUCAAGGCCUUAUCGCUGGGUUCAGUCCAGUUCCUCGGUUUGACCCGGUCCGCAAGCCUCCCACCCCUCUCGCCCAAUCUGUACCACGGCCCCAGCUCGGGUGCCGAGAUGCCUACGCUGAUGUGCAUGGCGGCGGGGCUGCCUCACUUCUCCACGGGAUUUAUGCGCUGCUGGGGCCGUGACACGUUUAUCUCGCUACGAGGACUGAUGCUCACUACAGGGCGAUACACAGAUGCUAAGCAUCACAUCUUGGGUUUCGCUGGCUGCAUUCGCCACGGACUCAUCCCCAAUCUCCUGGACGGGGGUCGGAAUCCUCGGUACAACUGCAGGGACGCUGUGUGGUGGUGGCUUCAGGCCAUACAGGACUACUGUACCAUCGCACCUGAUGGCCUCUCCAUACUAAAGGAACCUGUCUCCAAGCUCUUCCGCUUUGACAACUCGGACAGGCAGGAUCCGGGGUUGCAGGACAAGCCUCUGCAUGACAUCAUGCAAGAAGCCAUACAGCGCCAGUUUAUUGGCGUCCAGUUCCGUGAACGAGGGGCGGGCCCAAAUCUUGACUCACACAUGAAGAACGAAGGUUUCAACGUGACCGUGUGUGUUAACGAGAGGACUGGGUUCGUGUAUGGUGGGAACAAAUGGAAUGCUGGGACGUGGAUGGACAAGGUCGGGGAUUCUGUGCUCGCUGGAAACUACGGCGUGCCUGCCACCCCAAGGGAUGGAAGUGCAGUGGAGAUUGUCGGUCUGUUAAAGUCCACUGUUAAAUGGCUAGCUGACCUUUGUGACAAGAAGCAGUUUCCGUACGCUGGUGUCUCCAAGCUGCAGGAUGGUACUGGCCAACAAGGUUUCCCCAUCUCCUGGUCAUACCGGGAAUGGAGUGAGAAGCUCAACUCCACCUUCGAGAGGUACUUCUGGAUCCCAGAGGAGCCCAACCCAGAACUCGAGGGCGAAGAGAUUAAACUUGUCCAUAGGCGUGGUAUCUACAAGGACAGCUACGGAGCCACGCAUAGAUUCGCUGACUUCCAGCUCAGACCAAACAUCUGCAUCGCCAUGGCUGUGGCACCAGAGAUGUUCAACCCGGCGCAUGCGUGGAAGGCGCUUGAUGUCGUUGAGGAAGUCCUUCUAGGGCCACUAGGCAUGGCUACUCUAGAUCAUGCGGACUGGGCCUAUGAGGGCGUCUACGACAAUGCGGCUGACACCACGUCGUACAAGAGCUCCAAGGGGUUCUGCUACCACCAGGGCCCGGAAUGGCUGUGGUGUAUCGGGCCUUUCUUACGAGCCCGUCUUCAUUUCGCGCACGUACUGAACGGCGAAAGCGGGCUCAACGAGACUGUCUUCAAGGUUCGCAAAGUGCUGUCCAAGCACAAAGAAGCCAUGAAUGCCUCCCCCUGGCGGAGCUUACCGGAGCUUACUAACGCAGGGGGGGCUCGAUGCAGGGAUUCGUGCGAGGCCCAGGCGUGGUCCGUGGCUUGUGUGCUGGACGUGCUGUAUGACAUCGAGCAGCUUCUGGCUCAGCACUGAUGCCGUUCUGUUCGGGAUACCUGUCGGUUGGUCGUCAAACAAGAGGGGCUGGUGAAGAAGGGUGAUGUCAUAUCAACCACGGGAAACCCAAAUACGAUAGGAAAACCAAAAAGAACGCGCCAGAAACUACUGAAGUUGGGAUAGUUCACGAGAGAAGAUAGUCUUGUUGUACACGGGGUUUUAUGGCAUGCCGAUUUGUUUAACAAUAUUCUUUUAUUAUACGUUUUUCAUACCAGUAUAAAAAACGUAUAAUAAGGGCAUAGCAUGGGAUAUGGUAAAAAAAAAAUAUAGUAUGGAAGCUAUAAUAUUCACUGUGUUCUUUUUCUGUCUUAGGAAACAGUGAAAGAUUGAUUUUAUAUAAUAAAAAUAAAAGGAAUA